GAGUCAAACCGAGAUUCGUGAAGACUAUAAGGAGACACUUUACGCGUGAUCCGAUCGUAUACGUCUAUCUCUCCUAUUAUUUAGGCUCAAAUGCUUCCAACGCGCAGGGUCUCCCGCCUUUGUGAUCAGUGAUGUCCUCUCAGUGGCUUCAACUAAAACACCUGAGAUGCUGCUGGCUUAUAAAUGUUGCAUGCAGUGUUGUUAAAAUGCGUCACUCAGAUGUAACACCAUGAAAGCAUAAGCAUAAGUCAAGGAAAAAUCCACAGCAUGACUCGUUUAGUAAGGAAAAUGGUUGCAAAGAAACACCCUGGUGAGGAAUGCAGUAUGUGGAAGGCUAUGGCUCUCUGGCUGUUGAUACUUUUGACUCUGCUACAGGUGUCAGUGCAGGGUCCUCACCAGCGCUUUCUGCUCCGAGAACUGCUGAGAGACUACAAUCCCAUGGAGAGACCGGUGGCCAACGACUCUCAGGCUCUUACUGUUCAGUUCUCCUAUACUCUGAUUCAGGUCAUGGAUGUGGAUGAAAAGAACCAGAUCAUAACCACCAAUGCCUGGCUGCAGAUGCAGUGGUAUGACCACUACCUUCAGUGGAACCAGUCUGAGUAUCCUGGAGUCAAGAACCUUCGUUUCACGCCUGAGCAGGUCUGGACGCCUGAUAUUUUGUUAUACAACAGUGCUCAUGACAAGUUCGAUGCCACCUUUAAAACCAAUGUGCUGGUAAACUCCAGCGGCUUUUGUGAGUAUCUGCCUCCAGGAAUAUUUAUCAGCACAUGCACUGUGGAUGUUAGAUGGUUUCCCUUCGACAUCCAGCGCUGUGAGCUGAAGUUUGGCUCCUGGACGUUUGAUGGCUGGCUGCUGGACCUCCAGAUGAAGGAGGCGGAUGUUUCAGGUUACAUGACCAACGGAGAGUGGGACCUGCUGGAGGUUCCUGGAGGUCGUCAUGAAGUUUUCUACGACUGCUGUGCAGAGCCAUACCCUGACAUUACCUUUGUGGUGACCUUAAGAAGGAGGACUUUAUUUUACGCUCUCAAUCUGCUCAUCCCUUGUGUGCUCCUCUCCUCCAUGACCCUGCUGGUCUUCCUGCUCCCUGCCAACUCGGGGGAGAAGAUCAGCCUGGGCAUCACAGUUCUGCUUUCUCUCACUGUCUUCAUGCUGAUGGUUGCAGAGAUUAUGCCCGCCACUUCAGAUUCUGUGCCCCUGAUUGGUCAGUACUUCGCCAGCACCAUGGUGAUUGUUGGUAUGUCUGUGGUGGCAACAGUCAUUGUCCUUCAGUUCCAUCACCACAAUCCAAACAGUGGACACAUGCCACGCUGGGUGCACUUAAUUCUGCUUCAGUGGGUUCCCUGGUUCCUGCGGAUGAAGCGUCCAGGAGAGGGGGCAGAGCCGACUCUUUCUAACAUCCAGGCCGACUGCCAGAGCAAAACCCUGUCCUCUCCCACCACCACAACAACCACCACAGCCACCAUCCCCACACCCCUGCCUUCUAUCCUUCCCCAGAGCCUCAACUCACUGCAGGCCAGCCUGGCUCAGCUCAACCACCCUCUGCCCCAUCCACUGCCGCACAGGCCAGGCUCCCAGGCUGUUGUGAUCCCUAAUCCCAACCUCAGAGAUCCCAAUCUACAUCCACAGCCCAAUGGUCACCUGCUUUACAUGGGGUUCCAGAGCUUUCAUAUGUCUGCAGAGCUGGAUCCAGUUCAGAGGAACAGAACUACAAGUCAUGGGAGGGUUAACAGUGGAAUAGGUGGAGGGGAGGGAGAGGGUGAAGCAGCAGGACCAGCUGGAGAUACACCCCUCCAUCACCAACUCCCAUGUUCAAAAUUUGGGAGCCCCCCACAGGAAACUCCACUAUCCCCUGAACCUGACCCGUCAACCGCUUCCUCUGGACCCUGCGGGCUGGAUGCUGUUGGUGGAGCAGGGAGAUCAGCUACUUCACACAACCCCAGCAGUACAAUUCGAUCCAUCGGUGUAGACAACCAGCUGCAGGCUCUGCUUACAGAGGUGCAGUUUUUAGUGGAACGGGUCAGGGAGCAGGAUCGGCAGCUCAGUCUGGCGGAGCAGUGGCAGUUCGCUGCAGCCGUCAUCGACCGCUUGUUCUUGGUGGGGUUCAGUGUUUUUAACAUCAUCUGCACUAUUGCCAUUCUCAUGGCUGCACCAAACUUUGGAGAAGCACUGUCGAAGGACUUCCUCUGACGGACUCAAAAGAGAUAUAUUUUAAGAGUGGGAGGUGAAAAGAGAUAUUUAGUUUGAGUAUAUGGUGGAAGCACAAUUGCUCUUAAUUACAUUGAGAUAUAAAUCAACAAAAUAUUCCCAGUCGAUGGGAUGGAGUGGACCAUCAUUUAGAACUUUAUGUUGCAUUUUUCUCUCGUGACCUGAAAGUUUUGAUGAAAGAAAAAAUAUCUCACUGACAACUACUGUACAUCCUUGUUGCAUUGGUUUCUAUGUAUGUUUUGUUUGUUUCUCAUGAGAUGACUAAACAAGUAAAGGAAUCAUCUUAA